AUGUCGCUCUUCAGACGCCUCAUCUCUUCCACCGAGCUCCGACAGCCAGAUGGCAAGCCCGCCAGCUUCCUCGUCAACCGCGAUCUGCUUCCUGUGCCACCAGAGGAGCGCCAGUGGACGGCGAUUAACUACUGGGCCUUCUGGUGCGCCGACUCUGUCAACCUGUCGACGUUCAUGAUCGCCAGCAGCGGCAUCUCGCUCGGCCUGUCUUGGUGGCAGUGCUGGCUGGCCGUCUGGGUUGGAUACGGUAUCGCCGCCUUCUUCCUCGUCCUCAACGCCUACGCCGGUGCCGUCUUGCACAUCAUCUUCCCUGCCUACAUCCGCGCUUCCUUCGGCGUCCUCGGUGGCCUGUGGCCCGCCCUCAACCGCGCCUUCAUGGCAUGCGUCUGGUACGGCGUACAGUCGUGGAUUGGCGGAACUUGCGUCUACACCUUUUUGCUCGCCAUCUUCCCCUCCCUCGCCCGCCUUCCGAACGGCAUCCCCAGCUCCGGCACCGACACGGCCCACUUCCUCUGCUUCUUCCUCUUCUCCCUCGUCUCGCUUGUCCCCAUCUACUUCCCGAUGCACAAGAUCCGCCACUUGUUCACGCUCAAAGCGAUCGUGUCGCCCAUCGCCGCCAUCGCCCUCUUCGCAAUUUGCAUUCACAAGGGCUCACGGGGGCGGCUCGCUGCUCAAGCAGCCUGCAAGCAUUACUGGCUCGACGCUUGGAUGGGCGUUCGUGGCGCAGGUCAUGUGGCCUCUAAGCCCUCGAACGUCGUCGUACCGCAGCUGGUCGCAAUGCCGUUCUGCUUCGCCCUCACCUCGCUCUUCGGCAUCUUCAUCGGCUCGUCCUCGCAAGUCAUCUUUGGCGAGUUCGUCUGGUCGCCCCUCGACGUCAUGGCCAAGUUCCUCACGGUCGAGGGAGGAGCGUCGCACGGGAUGAGGGCGGGCGUCGCCUUCAUCUCGCUCGGGUUCAUCGUCGCCCAGCUCGGCACGAACAUCGCAGCGAAUGCGCUCUCGGCAGGCUGUGACCUCACCAGCAUCUUCCCUCGCUUCAUCAACAUCCGCCGCGGAGGCUACAUCGCCGCCCUCGUCGGCUUCGUCAUGUGCCCCUGGAACCUACUCAGCUCGUCGACCAACUUCUCGACCUACCUCUCGGCCUACUCGGUCUUCCUCUCCAGCAUCGUCGGCGUCAUGAUCGCGCACUACUACCUCGUCGCCCGCCGACGCGUCAAGGUGGCUGAUCUGUACAGCCUCGAGCAUGAGAGUAUAUAUCGGUACAUGUACGGGUUCAACUUGCGCGCCUUUGCGGCCUACAUCGCUGGUAUUCUCAUCAACGUCGUCGGUUUCGCAGGCGCGAUUGGCCGGACCGUGCCGUACGCCGCCCAGCGCAUCUACGACCUCUCCUUCCUCUGCGGCUUCUCCGUCUCGGCACUCGUCUACACCCUCCUCUGCUACUUCUUCCCCGUCCCCGUCCCGACAGACGCCGAGAUGCUCGAGCAACCUGCGGCGCUCGAGGGACGAGUCGAGUCGCACAAGGACGGCGAGGCUAGCGUGUAUGAUGAGGAGAAGAAGGAGGUGGACGGGACUGCGAGCGUGGAGUUGGUCUGA